AUGGCUGGCUUGUGCACAUCGAUCAACUCACUUCAAAGAGAUCGUGGAUUAGAAGAUAUUAAAUUGAAGAAUGGCCAGAGGUGCUAUCGUGAAAAUGAAAGUCCAUGGGACAAUUUUAAUCGCGGGUAUGCAAGCGACAAAAUCGUAAAUCGCCGAGACACUAUUUCCAAGGACGACCGGUUGCCGAAUAUGGCUCGAGGUCGACUGAAGUGCGAGGAAGGUUUGCAACUGCGCCCUAUCCUCCCCGGUAAUGGCGACAUCUGA